AAAGGAAUGUGAUUUUGGUGUUUUAAAAAUUUAUUGUUUAAUCUGUUUGCUGCGCUCAAGUCGUUUUACUCUGCUGGUUUGUUACUGUGUAAUUAUUUAACAUAUUCAACCAAUUUAAUUAUGCGAAGCAUGUUUUCGGAUCGUUACAACAAUAGGCGCCGCAAUUUUUACGAGCGCUACGAAGCUGCUAGAAUUAUCCAUCCGAGUCUCCCGGAGUGCCAGCGUCCAGUGGAACCCACCGAAGUGAAGCAUCCGAACAACCCCGUUAAUCGUCGUCCCGUUUCGUAUCGCCAAAUGGCCAAUCAGUCGCGGAGGCAGCUGGAGAACGACUCCUGGCUAUCCAGUGAUCGACUGCCCAUGAUGGUGCGCCAUGAAAUCGAGACCCGUAACAAAAAACAGUUGAUGUCCAAAUACAAUGCGGAAACGGCUACCCAUGUGUUCAGCCAUAAUGGCGGGCCACGACGUGGUCGUCCUCCAUCUGCCGCCACUGCGGCCAGAAUGGCAUCUGAAUUCGCCCGUCAAGUCGGUGGCAUUUCUCAAUCUCCGACCAUCGAAGAUGAAGGUAAGUCGGGGGAACAGUCGGUUAUGCAGCCGAAAUCCAAGAAGGCGAACAAGAUGCCGGACAAGGUGGCGGACAAGUUGGCGACCAAGUCGGAACCGAAGUCGGAGGAGUCCAACGUGCCCGUUAAGAUUAAAGUGGAGGGGGUCGAGCACAACGCUGAGGGGUCGCAGUCUGAUUCGAUGGUCAAUACCAAUCAGGGUUUUACCACAAAUAGGAACUUUAUUCCAAUUUUGAGCUCUUUCCCUAACCCUUACCGUAACAUGGAUGUUACAUGGACCGAACAAUUUAAUGCAUUAUCAAACCAAUACUACAAUCAUAUCAUGAACUCCAUCUCGUCUUUGAGCCAGAUACAGCCGUUGAAUUCAACACCAUCAGCCAACCCGCCUAUAUUCGGUGCUAACCCAAUGGUAAUGGGCCGUCACCCACCAUUUAGCGUCUUUUCGUGCCCGUUGGAUUACUGCAAGGAAAAUUUUGAUUCGCGUCGGGCCAUGUACAAGCACCAACGCGAGACUGGUCACCACAAUUGGCCACACAACUGCAGCAAGUGUGGCCAGGUCUUUCGCACAUCAGGCUUUAUGCGCAUGCACUCCGUGAAUGCCUGUGCGCGAAACUUACACAAGUUUAAAAUAACUAAGCCAAAUGAAUUGCAGCAACUUGGCAAAAAACCAAAGCCGGAAUAAAUCUGUUUGUAUACAGCGAAGCCAUAAUUUAAUUUAUAUGAAAUAAAGAAUGGCAUAAUGGUG